UCGGUGCUAGUUAGCGACGAGCUAACUGUGCUAGCUACGUAGCUAACCCGACAGAAACAGCCACCAUUAAUGAUGGCAAUCUAAAUAGACACCGAUUUUGUUGCUAUGUAGCAACACAUUUUAGUUGUAUUACUGUAAUACUUUUUGAGCGUCCAAUGUGCAAGUUUAGAUAAGUUAACCGAGACCAGGCGGACUACCGCGUCAAUGUGUACAACCGUGGCAACUUUCCUUCUUUUGCUUUUCAAAAUAAAACAAAGUUUAACAACGCUUCGUUAAGCAUGGCGUGGAAUGUACUUUUGUUUUGAAACGAGGUCCACCGCGAGCGGAACUCCUCGCCGAGUGGAGCCAUGCGGCAGUGGUGCGUCCCCGCUGCGACCCGAAGCGCGGAGCCACUCCCGGGGCGCCUGUCCGUGUCGCCCCCUCCAUCAGAUGUCAGAAUGGAGUGCUGCGGGGUAGAGCCACGCUACACCAUCGAGCAAAUCGACCUCCUGCAGCGUCUGCGCCUCUCUGGCAUGACCAAACCUCAGAUCGUCCACGCUUUAGAGUCUCUGGAGAGGCUCGACCCAGACCGCCGUCCGCCUCACUGUGACUCCCACACGGCCCCUUCCAGUAACAACAACAACAACAACAGCAGCAGCAGCAACAACACACACGCCACCACGUCCGCACCGGCACCGUCCUCUUCUUCGUCCGCCUCAUCUCUCUCCCUCGCCUCGGCCACCACGCAGACCUCCGGCCUGGACGGCGCCGCGCUGUCCCCCAGCAACAGCUUUGAAGCUUCGCCUCCUCCCCUGUACCCCACCAGCGUCCCCGUGCAGCGCUCGUUCAGCUACGACAUUGUCGGGGAGGAGGAGUGGGACCUGGAGGAGAAGGUUGAGGAGUACAUGAGGAGGGAUAGUAACCUGGUGAAAGAGGAGAUCAAAACCUUCCUCAACAACCGCAGGAUCUCUCAGGCAAUCGUGGGACAAGUUACAGGCAUCAGUCAGAGUUACAUUUCGCAGUGGUUGCUGCAGCAGGGUCUGGAGAUGAGCGACUCCAAGCGCAGAGCUUUCUACCGCUGGUACCUGCUGGAGAGAAACAACCCAGGGCUGAGGUGGAGUGAAAGCCAGCACAGCGCGAGUCCCAGGGCCAGGGGAGGGGACAGAGAUGGGCUGGCGGCGGGGGCGAGCGGCUGCCUUCCCAACCCCAACACCAACCUCAACCCCAACUCCAACCCCGUGUGGAGCAGGCAGAGAGAGCUGUUGAUGCACUUGCUGCCGUGGUACACUGCCGCCGCCACCGCAGCCCAGCCAGGCGCAACUUUAUCCAUGCGUUCAAUGGUGAAGGAAGAACCGGACUGGCGGACGGGGAUCAUGGCUGACCGACCGGCGAUCGUCGGGGCGCCGCUGAGGCUGCGCCGGGGAAGCCGCUUUACCUGGAGGAAGGAGUGCCAGUCCAUCAUGGAGAGCUUCUUCGUGGAGAAUCAGUACCCCGACGAAGCGAAGCGGGAAGAGAUCGCCAACGCCUGCAACUCGGUCAUCCAGAAACCAGGCUGCAAGCUGUCUGAGUUUGAGCGUGUGACAGCAUUAAAGGUGUAUAACUGGUUCGCUAACCGCCGUAAGGAGAUGAAGCGGAGAGCGAAUAUCGAAGCCGCCAUUUUGGAAAGUCACGGCAUUGAGGUCCCGAGUCCCAGCUGCCACUCCAACGGCGAAGAAGGGGAGAUGCAAGAGUUCGCCGAUCAGGUCAAUCAACGUUUCUCAGAGCAGGAGGAGGUGUCCACGCAGAGGAUGGUGGAACAACAAGACCUCUCUGUCAGGCCCACCCCCGAAGUCCUCCCCAGCCCAGCCGUACAGGUGGCGGAACAGAAAGAGAAGGAUGCAAAAAGGGAAACUGUGGACGAGGAGUGACCAAAAGCUGGUGAAGUCAUUUGAAUUUUAAUUGAAAUACUUUAAAAAAAAAAAGAAAAGAAAUGAAAAAAGGGGUCUGCUUCCUCCUCGGGUGGCUGACGACAGCGUCGGGCUCUGAAGCUCACUCAAGGGUGCCUCUGAAAAGAAAGAGGCUGCCAUAUUUAUCGAAAGUUAUCCUGCUAAUUAUGUUAACAGCAAUAUACAGUACAUAUAUAAAUAUAUCCAUAAACAUAUAUAUGAAUGUGUAGUGCAUUCCGACGUGGUAUUAACAAGCCUAAAUUCCUUAGAAUUACCUAAAAAAUACCUCACCCAUUUUAAUCUUUGUUCUUUUUUUUUUUGUUUGUUUUAAUAUUUUCUUCGCCUCAUGCUUUCUUUUUAACGCUGAGUGCUGAUGAAGUGCCUGCAGGUCAGGUCAGAGAGACGUUUUCAAAGAUCUCGUCUGCAUGAAUGUGUGUUUUUGUUUGGUUGUUUUUAUUUUGGUUUCUCUGGUGCUGACGUCCGACCUCUAAGAGUCAAGUGAUCAAAUAAUGCGUCUAUCGUUGGAGUUUGCAAAGCCCUGAGGGACACCUGGAAUCUCAGGAAAUCCAACAAUGGUGGAUCAAGUCAGAGAAGAAGUGCACCAGAUGUGCGUGUGUAUGUAUGUACGUAUGCGUGCGCGUCUGUGCCUGUACGCUUCAAGAGAUUUUCUUCAUCACAUCCACGCUCACUCCAAACAGGAUUUUCUAUUUAUACAUUUUUUUUAUUAGAAGAACAAAGCGAGGACUAUCCAUCAUUUCUUUGUUGAACUCGAUGCUGCUCUUGUUGCUCCUUUUUUUUUUCCUCCCCCCCACCCCCCCCUCAUCUAACCUCAUUUUCCAAGCCUGUAAAGCUUCUUUCCAGCAAAACAAACGUCAAUGUGAUUGAAAAUCACAACGCCGUCUUCUUCCUCCUUUAUUGGAAUAAGCUAAAAGCUUUUGCUUGCGUACUGCACUUCAAAAGUGGAUCCUCACUCUAAUAGUAAUAAUACCGCUUGUGUACAUAAUAACCCAGAGGAUAAUCGCGUUUGUGGGUGCUUUUUCUUCAAACUAACGACAUUAGCAGAAAUAUACUGUAGCGUUGUCAAACUUGAAACAUGACUAGCAGACUUCAAGCGUCCCGGAAGUCGCUCCCGAAUUGUUCAUAAAAUGGACAAACGUGCUCGUCCGAAACCGUAUUUCCUCAAAUAGUGGCCGUCCCUCUGCGUCGUCCUCUUUAAGACAAAUCGAAACGCCUCCCUGAAAUAAAAGCCUGCCUUUUCCCAUCAGCGGGGGAAAAAAAUAAAAAAAAACGGGUCGUAACUGUAAUUACCUCAGAUUGUACACGGACAUAAAUAGUUAACCAAAACUGCAGCAUCUACCAAGGUAAAUAGUCUUUUCACCUGAAGGAAAUUCUAUAAUUUUCCAUUUUUUUUUUUUUAAACCAUAUUUCCUCAACCUCGUGGUUGUCCCUCAAAUACACGCUGCGCCCCGAUUAGUAAGCAGUGUGUCAUCCACAAGUCAAUGCCGCUCUCUAAUAGAUGCCAUCUUUUUCCUAUUAGGGAGAAAAAAGGGACAUACCUGUAAUUACCUCAGUUCACAAAAAGCGCUUUUUCACACAAGGCGUAUCACAGUAUUAAAGAUUUUUUAGUGUUCUAGUGGGGGCUGGGAUGCGGUCUCAUGCAAUAAUGUGCAUCCAUCUUUAUGUUCCAGUAAGCUACGGGACUGUAUCUACGCAGUCUGUCUCUUGUUUAGCUUGAUGCUAAUACAGUGAUGCCUUGAGAUACAAGUGAUCCAAUUUGAGUUUUUUGAGAUACAAGCUGCCAUUCAGAUGAUUUAGAUCCAAAUUUAGAUACAACUGCUCUAUUGUGGCAGUAAACUCAAUGGACCUUUCUGAUGGCGACCUUAAGCUCCGCCCCUCAGCCAUGUCACACAAGUUUUCAAAAUGGGGAUUGAACAGAACAGGUUUGAAGUCGAUUCUAUCGCAUAUUCCAGAUAAUAUUGGGGUGUGUUUUUUUGCCAAAUGUGACUUGUCCAGAGAAGUCUCAACUAUUUCACACAAGGAUAUGAUAUAGGAAUUAAGAUUUUGGACAGAGCAGGACGCAAUGUCAGCGUUACAGAGAGACGUUGGCGAUCGAUGCAAAAAAAGGUUUGACGCCUCACAAACUUCAUAUUGAAAUCCAACAGGAUAAAAUAGUGGAAUCGUACUGCGUAUGUAUCGCAGGGUGAGUACUUUUUACUUCGAAAGAUCACGAGUAAUAUCAUUAUAGUCUUUACAAGUGACUGGGUGUAUUCAUUUGACUUGGCUGGUAAUCGAAGCCAGUGCUCUGUCUUAAAAGUCCGAUGCGAUACAAAUGGGCAGAUAGACGUUUCCCUUGCAUGACGUGGUGCCUUUACGUAACACUAACCCCAUUCUUUGGCAUAAAACAUUCCACUCUUCAUUCGCCAGGUCAGUGAUACACUAACAAAGUGAAAGUUGUUCUCCUGCAAUGUAUAAAGCACUGAUAAUAAUUCAAUCAAACAUUUAGUUAAUCCAUCGUAGACACUUGGUCAACUGUGUUUAAGGCUUUGGAAAAUGAAUCAAACGGGCUCCUUCUAACCUAGCGGGAUAUCUUUCAUCAGAAUUGCACGCUCCCCAAGCGCAUCUGAUAACCAUUUUCUUGGUAACAUUAACUUUUCCAAGCGCACGCUACUGACAACCGGCAUUGCUUGUGGGACAAUGUGGCGACGGGGGCGUGUCAAGCCAGGGGUUAAGACAUUGCGGCUAUCUGAUUGGCUAUUAUUGUACGAGUGAUUCACAGGUCGGAAAGGUCCAUUCAGCUGAACACUUCAUCAAAAAAUAAUAAUAAUAAUAAUGGGUGUUAAAUGUAUUAAACUCCUAUCUCAAGUCGCCAGUGUGAUCGUAAACCGAUACUGGAUCGUAUUACAAAAAUGUGGACACUCUCUCCCGUAACAAACGCCUCCCUCGCACCUGCAGUCGAGUAGCCACUAUUUGCGGAACUGUGGCCGAUGUUUCUCCGAUCGUGUUACCUCCUGAUGCCAAAGGUGUGGAUGGCGGUGGAGGUGGUCUUCAGUGCAACACUAGCCAACACUCUUUAAGAGGAAUCCAUGUUACAAGCCAAUGGCAGCCAUUGUUGUGACUGUUCUUGACACGGUGUCUUGUAGCAUUUUUUUUGUCAGUGGAUGGGGGGUGGUCCGCCCUCCAUAGGAAACCCUCCGAAACUGAUUAUUGUUAUUAUGCUCCUUGCUAUCUGCUUUUAUCUGACGGCAAGCAACAAUAAAAAGUAUUGUUAACGAUG